CACAAACAGCUGUUGACAACACGCUUAUCGGCGCAUCUGUGUCGAAUUGCAGCCAAGUGUCUUGCAUCGCUGAAGGAGGUACAUUUGUAAAUGUUCAAAUCGCCUUCCAAGCAAAAAGAAUCGUUCGUUCUGGGAAGGCGAAACUUUGCCUCAGCGACCCACAGUUGAAGAUUUGCUUACGCGAAGUUGCAGACAUAAGCGAUAUCUGCGACUUCAUUGAUCCUGGAUGUCCGCUGCAACAAGGGGGUGUAUACACGUAUAAGAGGAGUUUCUUCGCACCGGAUGUCUCGAUGAAAGGCGAACCUACGUUCAAGCUUUAUGACGAGGAAUGCAACGUGCUUGCAUGCGUACAGGCUAAAGCAGAAAUUGGAUCAAAGAAUAAGGACAUUCCGCAAAUUCUGUUCACUGACGACAGCUAUCCAUGCGGCGGCAAAUGA